GCAGCAAUGCUAGCCUCAACCUACCUAUCCCCUCCCUUCCUCCCCUUCCACCACCACACCGCCACCACCACCACGAGCGCGCACCUCCUCUCCGGCGACCCCAACCGCCGUGUCCGCCCACGGCACAUGUCAGGUCCCGUGCUUCUUAAAGCCAAGACCGGCGAUGGCGACGGCCGUGCAGACCUCCCCCUUCCCUCGCGUCGGCACGCGUAAGAAGCACACAAUCGCCUUUCUCCUCCGCGCGCUACUGCUCAUGUGCGUCGCGUUCCGCCGCGUCAUCGCUCUGAUCCGCAUUUGUUGUCACAUUGCCGUCUGCGUCCCGGUCGGAAGCGUCCUCGGCGUGGCGAAGAUCCUCUUCGCGGCGGCGAACGAGCGGUCUCUCCGGUGCAUGAACCAGACGGCGCUCGGGCGCAGCGUCACCGGAACCUUCACCGGGGACUUGGUGGUGGGUGCCAUGGCGCAUUCCUGGAGGGUGCUCAUGCAGGGGCUCACGUCGCUCGUCUUCCUCUGCACGCGCGCUGACGAGUACGUUCGGCCGCCGCCGAGCCCGCUGGUAUUGACGGCGCACGACAAGCCGGCUGCUCAUGCUCAGCAGGUGCAUAUUUCAGUUGUGGGAACAAACAAGAUGAGGAUUUCAUGGGUCACCGACGACCGGAAGGCGCCGUCAGUGGUGGAGUACGGCAAAUCUCGGGGGAACUACACGGCGUCGGCGACGGGCGACAACGCGACGUACCGCUACUUCUUAUACAAGUCCGGCGCGAUCCACCACGUCACGAUCGGCCCUCUCGAGCCCAGCAUGACCUACCAUUACCGGUGCGGCAAGGCCGGCGACGAGUUCACCCUCCGGACCCCUCCGGCGUCCCUUCCCAUCGAGCUCGUCGUCAUCGGCGACCUCGGGCAGACGGGGUGGACUGCAUCGACGCUGUCGCACAUCAGCGGCGCGGACUACGACAUGCUGCUGCUCCCGGGGGACCUGUCGUACGCGGACACGCAGCAGCCGCUGUGGGACUCGUUCGGGCGGCUCGUCCAGCCGCUGGCGAGCGCGCGGCCGUGGAUGGUGACGGAGGGCAACCACGAGGUCGAGGCGCUCCCCGUGCUGGAGUUCGCGCCCUUCGUGGCCUACAACGCGCGGUGGCGCAUGCCGUACGAGGAGAGCGGCUCGCGCUCCAACCUCUACUACUCCUUCGACGCGGCGGGCGGCGCGGCGCACGUCGUGAUGCUGGGUUCCUACGUGGAUUUCGAGGAAGGGUCGGAGCAGCACGCGUGGCUGGAGCGGGACCUCGCCGGCGUGGACCGCCGGAGGACGCCGUGGCUGAUCGUGCUGCUGCACGCGCCGUGGUACAACACCAACCAGGCGCACCAGGGCGAGGGCGAGGCGAUGCGCGCCGCCAUGGAGAGGCUCCUCUACGAGGCCCGCGUCGACGUCGUCUUCUCCGGACACGUCCACGCCUACGAACGAUUCACGAGGAUCUAUGGCAACGAGGCCGACAGCCGAGGCCCGAUGUACAUCACCAUUGGCGACGGCGGCAACAGGGAAGGUCUUGCCCUCAAGUUCAUCAAGGAUCACAAGUCGGCGCACCUGUCGGUGUUCCAGGAGGCGAGCUUCGGGCAUGGGCGACUGAGGAUCGUCAACGAGACGAGCGCCGUCUGGACGUGGCACCGCAACGAUGACGCGUACGCAACCGUCCGCGACGAGGUCUGGCUGGAGAGCCUGGCUAGUCCAAAGCUGGUCAUGGAACCCGCCAGACGUCGGCUUGACGAGUUGUAGGAUGUUUCAGAUUUUUUUUUUGAUGUAAAUGUUGCAGAUUGUUAAACAGUAAUGCUACACCUACAGACACACUCCUACGGAAAUUUUCUUAAGGACUGAUCUGUU